UGUUUCAGUCACAUUUCAGCCUCUGCUCUGAGAAUUUAUCCUGAGCAGCCCCUAACAAACAGGCUAUUACUUCUCUACAACUGAGAUAUGAUUAUCUUUAUUUACUUAUUUGUCUUGCUGUGGGAAGAGGCUCACGGAUGGGGAUUCAAGAACGGAAUUUUUCAUAACUCCAUAUGGCUUGAACAAGCCGCAGGCGUAUACCACAGAGAAGCGCGAUCUGGCAAAUACAAGCUCACCUAUGCAGAAGCGAAGGCCGUGUGUGAAUAUGAAGGUGGCCAUCUUGCCACCUACAAGCAGCUAGAAGCAGCCAGAAAAAUUGGAUUUCAUGUCUGUGCUGCUGGGUGGAUGGCCAAGGGCAGAGUUGGAUACCCCAUUGUGAAGCCAGGGCCCAGCUGUGGAUUUGGAAAAACUGGUAUUAUUGAUUACGGAAUCCGUCUCAAUAGGAGUGAAAGAUGGGAUGCCUAUUGCUACAACCCACAUGCGAAGGAAUGCGGUGGUGUCUUUACAGAUCCAAAGCGAAUUUUUAAAUCUCCAGGCUUCCCAAAUGAGUAUGAUGAUAACCAAAUCUGCUACUGGCACAUUAGACUCAAGUAUGGUCAGCGUAUUCACCUGAGUUUUUUGGACUUCGACCUUGAAGAUGAUCCAGGUUGCUUGGCUGACUAUGUGGAAAUAUAUGACAGUUAUGAUGAUGUCCAUGGCUUUGUGGGAAGAUACUGUGGAGAUGAGCUUCCAGAAGACAUCAUUAGUACAGGAAACGUCAUGACUUUGAAGUUUCUGAGCGACGCUUCAGUGACAGCAGGAGGGUUCCAAAUCAAAUAUGUUGCAGUGGAUCCUCCCUCCAAAUCUGGUCAAGGAAAAAAUACAACUACUGCUUCUACCGGAAAUAAAAACUUUUUAGCUGGAAGAUUUACCCAUUUAUAAAACAAAAAAGCACAUUUGGUGUCUAUGUUUGUAUCUUUUGGAACCCCUUUGAUCUCACUUUUAUAUUAUUAUUAACAUUUAUUUAUUUUUCUAAUGUGAAAGCAAUACCUGAUAAUUUGGGGAAAAUUGGAAAAUACAGAAAAUUUUAAAUGAGAAAAUAAAAUCUCUUCUAAUUCCACUGCGUAAAAGUAACAAGCGUCAACAUUUAUAUAUUUUUCUUUUAGUCAUUUUUCGAUUUGUGGUAUAUGUAUAUAUGUAUCUAUGUGUAUUUUUAUUUGAAAUUUUGGAAUCCUGCACCAAGCACAGUUUUAUAUCUUGGGUUUUUUUAAACUUGAACUUUAUGGCUUAAGCAUUUUCCCAUAUCACUGAGUAUUCUGCAAAAAUGUGAUUUUGAACAGCUGUAAGGUAUUCCAUGGUAUGACUGUUCUGUACUUUAUUUAAGCCUGUCUUUAUUGUGGGAAUUUUAGGUUGUUUUCAUAACUAUUGCUGCAAUAAACAUCCU